AUGGAGGGUAAUAAUUCCAUUUUCACGAAUGCGCUGAAUGUCUUAAAUGGCUUUGUCGGACUUUUGUCGAAUGCAGUAAAUAACAGUAGCAAUGAUACACUCCCGGUUUCAAGACAGGCAGAUUCAGGAAAAGGGAGUGGAUAUACGUUGGAACAAUGGAAUUGGGACCUGGCUCAAUCUUUUAUAGGACUGGACGUUUUUCUAGGCCUAUACAUACUUUUGGGAGUAUCUGGCAACAUCCUCAUUAUCAUCAUCUACCAGUUCAAGAUAAAGAAGAAGUUUGAGGAUCGUUUCUUUAUCAUGGUCCUAGCUGUACUUGAUAUAUGCGUCUGUGUCACCGGUCCGGCAACCUAUCUGCUUUUGAACAUCUUACCUGUAACUUUUUACGACAACUGGGGAUGUAAGAUUGCCUGGUUUAAUGGAAGAAAUCUCAGUAACACGUCUGGUAUGUUAAUCCUUGUGAUAGCCAUCCAGAGGUAUCUAAAGGUGUGUCGGCCAUUUGGAUGGCAAAUGACGAUUGGGUGGCAGAAGGCUGCUGUUAUUGUUCUGUUGAUCGCGUCAGUGCUAAUUGACAUUCCAAUUCUGUUUUUCUACGGAACUUCGGCCAUCCACAACACCAUAUUAGGGGUCACGGGGUCAAGGUGUGGCAGGAGAACUAACGUCAGUACUGAUUUUGAAUUGGCUAUCAGUAUCUACUUUUAUUGCAUGUUUGUUACUGCACUUUCCUUCAUCUCCGGAAUAGCUUUCAUGUACGUGUUGAUAGGAAGGAGGAUCUUUAAUCAGAUGAAGAGGAAGCGAGAGAUGGAGGGAGGUAUGAGAACUACAGCCAAUGUAAAGUCACUCGCUGAUAUGGAGUUUUCGAAACAAGAAGAAACUUCAGUCGUUGAAAGCCAAGUGACGACUCAAAAUGUCGGCACUUCCGGUUCAAGAGAUCCUGACGGUACACGGAAGACUAAGAAGAAAAAGGAUAAAUGGGCGACACAUCGAUAUUCUUUAAUGUUUAUGACAAUUUCAGCCAUUACCGGUGUGACUUAUGUACCUUCUCUUAUUGUAAAUAUGUGCAUCAAUCUAGACUCGGACGAGUUUUGGAUAUACUUCUCCUCUAUAGAGAGACAGGUGUACCUGUUUAUAUUUCAGUUCUUCUUGUUAAAUCAUGUGUCAAAUCCGUUUAUAUACGGCUUCUUUGAUAGUUCAUUCAGAGCAGAAAUGAAGAAAUUAUUUCGUCGAUAACAAUUAUGGAUGAGUUGUUCUGUGCACUUUCUUAGAGAACUAUACAGAGGAAAAGUGCCUCUAGAAUCUAAUGACGAUACAAAGUAUAAUUGGAGAACGCUGAUUCUGUUUUUCGAUUUUAUGAAAAUCUGCUAAAAGUUGCAUUUUGUCAUAUUUUGCUAUUUAUCUAUCCAUCUAUUUGUUUAUUUAUACCUUUGUUUAUUUUAGGUAUCUUGUUUUAACGUUGGUUCCUACAACUGCCAAAAAGAAGAUCCACCUUCACAUUGUAUGUUCACAUCCUUCACAGAAAUGUUAGCAUGUGGGAACCCAUAAAAUUGUUUGUUUUCUCUAUUAAAUAACAAUUAUUCGUCUAUAUGAUUUUAUAAAGUAAAACAAGCCUAUAGCUCUCCUUGAAAACAAGCUAAGGCAUUAAGUUAUGCAGGAAUUGUAACCGUUAUCGAUUUACUGAUGAAGAGUGUACAGAGAGUCCGAUUUUGCCGAGGCUUAGCUAUGUAUCGAAAGGAAGACUUGUAAAAGAUGUUUAAUUUGCAGUUGUUUUGUACAUUAUUUGACCAUUAUCAUCGGUACCAUGUACAGUUUAACCAUUACCAUCGGUACCAUGUACAGUUUAACCAUUACCAUCGGUACCAUGUACAGUUUAACCAUUACCAUCGGUAAUAUGUACAGU